UUCACCACAUGUGGCCUCUGAAUAGCACAGCAUCUCCCAGUGGCGGGCCGAACAGCAUGGCUAAUAACAACGUCUUCAUUCAACUUCUUUUUCUUAUCAUCACCUCCUCAGGGUUUCUUUUCCAUGAUACCAUUAAAGUUGGCUCCUGCCAGGGUGAUCAUCAAAGGGGUUGCGUUGACACAGAGAAGGUGGCUCUUCUCAAGUUCAAACAAGGCCUCACAGAUACAUCGGAUCGGCUCUCAUCUUGGGUCGGGGAAGACUGCUGCAAAUGGAGAGGCGUGGUCUGCAACAACAGGAGCCGUCAUGUCAUCAAACUCACACUGCGUUAUCUUGAUGCUGAUGGAACAGAAGGCGAGUUGGGUGGUAAGAUCAGUCCUGCUUUGCUUGAAUUGAAAUAUUUGAAUUACUUAGACUUGAGCAUGAACAAUUUUGGAGGGACUCCAAUCCCCAAGUUCAUUGGUUCGUUGGAGAAGUUGAGAUAUCUCAAUCUCUCUGGUGCAUCCUUCGGUGGACCUAUUCCUCCACAACUUGGAAAUCUUUCCAGCCUGCACUACCUUGAUCUCAAGGAAUACUUCGAUGAGUCAAACCAGAAUGAUCUUCAUUGGAUAUCGGGUCUUACUUCGUUAAGACACCUUAAUUUAGGAGGUGUAGAUCUAAGCCAGGCUGCAGCUUAUUGGCUUCAAGCUGUUAGCAAGCUUCCUUCUCUUUCCGAGUUGCACCUACCUGCUUGUGCACUUGCAGACCUUCCUCCCUCUCUUCCAUUUUCCAAUCUGAUCACAUCUCUUUCAAUCAUCGAUCUUUCCAACAAUGGUUUCAACUCCACAAUACCCCACUGGUUAUUCCAGAUGAGGAAUCUUGUGUAUCUAGAUCUCAGUUCCAACAAUCUACGAGGCUCAAUUCUUGAUGCUUUUGCAAACGGGACUUCUAUUGAAAGAUUAAGAAACAUGGGUAGUCUGUGCAAUUUGAAAACAUUGAUCCUUUCUCAGAACGAUUUGAAUGGGGAAAUAACUGAACUGAUUGAUGUUUUAUCUGGGUGCAACAGUAGUUGGUUAGAGACGCUGGAUCUGGGCUUCAAUGAUCUGGGUGGUUUUCUUCCUAAUUCCCUAGGAAAACUCCAUAACUUGAAGUCUCUUUGGCUUUGGGAUAACUCCUUUGUAGGCUCCAUUCCGAGUUCAAUUGGAAACUUAUCGUAUUUGGAAGAAUUGUACCUCUCAGAUAACUCAAUGAAUGGGACCAUCCCUGAAACUCUUGGACGACUUUCCAAGUUGGUUGCGAUAGAGCUAUCUGAGAAUCCUCUGACGGGAGUUGUAACAGAGGCUCAUUUUUCAAAUCUUACAAGUUUAAAGGAGUUUUCAAACUACAGAGGGACUCCAAGAGUUUCCCUGGUUUUUAAUAUCAAUCCUGAGUGGAUUCCUCCCUUUAAACUCAGCCUCCUCAGAAUAAGAUCAUGCCAAUUGGGUCCCAAGUUUCCCGCAUGGCUUAGAAAUCAAACUGAGCUCACCGAUGUUGUGCUCAAUAAUGCUGGGAUCUCAGACAGCAUACCAAAGUGGUUUUGGAAGUUGGAUUUGCAUCUUGAUGAGCUGGACAUCGGUUCUAAUAACCUGGGUGGCAGGGUGCCAAACUCAAUGAAGUUUCUUCCUGAAUCCACCGUUGAUUUGAGUGAAAACAACUUUCAGGGGCCUUUGCCACUAUGGUCAUCCAACGUGACGAAACUGUAUUUGAAUGACAAUUUCUUUUCUAGCCAUAUCCCUCUGGAGUAUGGUGAAAGAAUGUCCAUGGUGACAGAUCUAGAUCUCUCCAAUAAUGAUCUAAAUGGCACCAUUCCCCUCUCCUUCGGGAAACUAAAUAAUUUAUUGACCCUUGUCAUCUCAAACAAUCAUUUUUCUGGAGGAAUUCCAGAGUUUUGGAAUGGUUUACCUUACCUCUAUGUUGUCACCUCGCAAAUGGCUCCAAAAAAGACUGUUUCAUCUGUCCGGGUUAGCGAGGCUGGCGAAAAGGCGAUAGACAAAUUAGAUGUGAAGGAAUUCCGGGAGCGGUUCUGCAUCCCAAAUGACGUAUAUAUAAAUUUGGUGAACGAGGAGGCGACUAUGCCUACUGAGAAAGGUGAAGAAAACGUUAUCCUCUUCACAAAGGAACAAUUCAACGCGGGGCUUCGAUUUCCUCUGCCGGCGUUCAUCAUCAACAUGCUGUACAGCCUCGACCUUACGCUUCUGGAAGUGUUCUUUAUCUAUUCCCUGAAGAAAGCAAAAAAUGAUAUUUUCAGUGUGUCCGCGCACCUGCCCUCCCUUCAAGUGGUGAUAGAGCUGCCAGAUUCGACAAAGGGAGGGGCGAAGGGGCUGGUGGCAGUCCGGGGUGGAUGGGCGGGCCUAUCGGAGCGUGUGUCGAGGCCCUUUUCUCCAAAUUAUACCCUAAAAAUUCCGGGUCUGGAAUUGAGGGGCCACCUUGUGGAUUGGGUGGAAAAGGCGUCCUUCGCCUGUGUCUGCAAAUUAUUCGAGAUAGAUCCCAAGGAGAGGGCCUACAAGACAUUGCUUUCCGCGCGGAAUUUGAUAGUGGUCGUCCGGGAGUCCCAGGAAUAUGAAGCUAAAGAGGCUGAUGGUGAAAGACGGCGAAAGCUCCUGGAGGAUCGAGAUUAG